AACACCACAACUCAUCCAGAAUCUACAACUAUGCCUGAAAUCAAUACAAGUAUUGGUGAAAAAGCUACAACUUUGACCCCCACAAGCACCACAACCCCUCCAACUUUGGUGGAGGAGUCAGUGACAACAUCAUCCACAAAUAUUCAUCCAACAAGCACAACAAUGUCUGAGAUGAAAAUUACUACCUUUGGUGCAUUAAAUACAGAUAUAACUUAUUCAACAACCACACCUAAUUCUAAAAUCACAACAACUAGUAGAGAAACAAUUACAACCAGAAUGUCCUCCUCAACAUUGGUGGAAGAGCCAACGACAGCACAAUCACAAGCUACAUCUAAUUUAAAUACAACAACAUUUCCGGGGUUUACAACAACAGCUUUGACUAAUUCUCAGACAGAAAAUAAUCCUACAAUGCACUUCCCAACAUCUACAGCAGUCCUUGGCAAAACAAGUUUACCUCUAAUGAACAGAACUGGUUCAGCACUGGUUACAAGCAAACUACAGUUCAACUCCGCAUCUCCAGUCCCCAGAGAAACUCAGGUCCUCAGUGUUAUCAACACUCUUCUCAAAUCCAGAGAUUCACAGCCCAACAAAUCAGUUCAAGUGCUGAAUGUCACCUAUAAGAAUAUCUCAGAGACCUCCUAUGCAAUCAUCUUUACAUUUAACCUGAUUGACAUUAGUAUACCAGAGGACCCUGAGCUAAAGAACAACACCUAUCAGCACCUGCAGAAUGUUAUCAAUAAUGUGUUGAACACACUUCUGAAUGAACCUGGCCGUCAGGUUUUUAAAGCCAAGUCCUCCAAAUUCAAGUGCACAGAAAACCACAUUGAGGGCAGUAUGGAAUAUAUCUUUAACAGCAAAGAUCAACCCACCAUUUUGUUAAAGGAGCUUAAUUUACAGAACAGCUUAAUAACAACGACCCUUGCAAAACCAGGCACAUCUACAACCACUAAAGAAACUACAACUUUGAUUGGGAGGGUGAUUUUUUACAUUCGGCUCAUUUUUAUCACACGGGGCCCCAUACCAAGUGAGAGCCAUGUUCAACAUUUGGUCAACUUACUGCUGGCCCCACAUCUCAGAGCUAAACAAGACACAGCACAAACCCUGAAUGAUCCUGUGAGCUAUGUGAAUGCCAGCUAUGAGAAAAUUGCUGAUAAUUCAUAUGCCCUCAAAUGUGGAUUUGAGAUCAACAGUCCAUCAAUGGGAGAGAAACUUGAACUCAGGGAUGGCAACUACACAUUCAUUCAAAACUCCAUAAAAAGAAAGCUGAACCAGAUCUUAAGUGACUCUGACACUUCUGUUGAGUUCAACAAAGCCAAUUUCACGAAAAAUUCCAUGGAGGUCAUUGCUGAUAUUGACUACAUUUUCCGGCAACAAGACAUCAAGUCACCCAGUGACUUCCUCCAAGGACUUCUCAAAGUUAUGAAUAGCUUAACAACUCCAGCUCCAACAUAUAUGCUUAACAACUCCAGCUCCAACAGGGAAUAA